AGCAAAGAAUAUCGGUAACACAAGCUUUAACAGACCGAGAAAGGGUGAAAAGAGAGGGAGAGAGAGAUUACCUAACCUCUCCUCUCUCUCUUUUGUUAUGUUUUGCUCAUUCUCCUUUCCUCUCACAGUCCCUUUCUCUAUUUUUUACCACCUCCAAAAUCGGUGUUUCCUAUACACCGAUUCUCUCACAUACCCAUUUAUUCCAAAAACCGAGUCUCUCUUCCAAACGCUCCGAGUUUACUUAAACCCAUGAAAGCAAACGGCUUUUGUUCAGAAUCCUCAAAACAAUAGCACAUUUGCAAGGCUCCGAUUGAUGGGUAGGAGACUUUUCGACGAUAAACGAGAUGGGCUUUUCUCUGUUUGUGAUUUGGGCUCUCAGUGGAGCCUCCAAGAGGGGUUCUUUCACCCUGGAGGCUUAUUCGCCAGCGUCGAUCAGGUCGGAAUGGGGUUCGAUGUUUCGCCGAAUCCUUCAGAUUCCCGUGACAAUGGGGGUGUGAAAGUACCGUACGCAGAUUUGUACGCCAAGUACAUGUCGUCUCUGGAGGGAUUUCGGAUAGUUGGGGUACGGGACGAGGAGGGGGUUGGGAAGAAAAAGACGAAGAAGGGCGUUCUAAAGUUGAAAAUAAAGGUCUCUAAUCCGUCGCUCAGGAGGCUGAUAAGCGGCGCGAUAGCCGGGGCGGUAUCACGGACGGCGGUGGCGCCGUUGGAGACCAUAAGGACGCAUUUGAUGGUUGGGAGUAGUGGCCAUUCUACGACAGAGGUGUUCCACAAUAUCGUGAAGACUGAUGGGUGGAAGGGAUUGUUCAGGGGUAAUUUGGUCAAUGUGAUUCGGGUCGCACCUAGCAAGGCGAUAGAGCUAUUUGCUUAUGAUACGGUCAACAAGCAAUUGUCACACAAACCUGGGGAACAGCCCAAACUCCCGAUUCCUGCCUCGUUAGUUGCUGGGGCCUGUGCUGGUGUUAGCUCAACUUUGUGCACAUAUCCUCUCGAAUUAGUCAAGACCCGACUAACCGUUGAGAGAGGUGUUUACAAGGGACUAUUUCAUGCAUUUUUAAAAAUACUGAAAGAGGAAGGACCUGCAGAACUCUACAGAGGCCUUACACCUAGUCUUAUUGGGGUAAUUCCAUAUGCUGCCGCUAAUUACUUUGCCUAUGACACAUUAAGGAAAACCUAUCGUAAAAUAUUCAAGCAAGAGAGAAUUGGCAACAUCGAAACCCUUUUAAUUGGAUCAGCUGCUGGAGCUAUUUCAAGUAGUGCGACUUUCCCACUUGAGGUGGCUCGCAAGCACAUGCAGGUGGGGGCUCUCAGUGGAAGGCAGGUAUAUAAGAAUGUGAUCCAUGCACUUGUAAGCAUAUCUGAACAAGAAGGGAUCCCGGGUUUAUACAGAGGGCUGGGCCCUAGCUGCAUGAAGUUGGUCCCUGCCGCUGGGAUUUCUUUCAUGUGCUACGAAGCAUGCAAGAGGAUACUGAUAGAGAACGAUGAGGAAGCAUAAAAAGAGUUUUUUGGGAGUCCCAAACAAUUUCACAAAAUACAUCUCUCGGAGCAAAGAGGGAAGAACUCAUACACCUUUUUUACGUGCCUUGGUUAAGUUAUUGUGUUCUUUUACUUUUUUUACUCACCUCUGAAUUAUUAUUAUCAUCAUUAGUAUUGUUUCCCCCCCAAUUGCGACUCAGUUCAAUGAGCCUUGUUUGUAAGGUUAGAUCUGAUGUUUUUAGAGUUGAAAUGACUGGGAACACCUCGCAACGAGGUGCCAAAAUUUUGUAUGCUUUAGAACAUUGCCUUGAACGUUCAGACGUACAUCAGUUUGUCAUCAGGCUCUUCAUUUUCAGGAUAAAUAAAUAAAUAAAAAUCUUUUUUAAAGAGA